GCCCGCCGUGUUGCGUUGAGAAGUGUGGAGUGGGAAGGUUCGCGGUGCUGCGCGGGUAGGAUUUAGUCGACUGGAAGUUCGUGCGUUGGACAACAAUGGACACCCAAAAGGACGUUCAACCCCCAAAACAGCAGCCAAUGAUAUAUAUCUGUGGAGAAUGUCAUACAGAAAAUGAAAUAAAAUCCAGGGAUCCAAUCAGAUGCAGAGAAUGUGGAUACAGAAUAAUGUACAAGAAGAGGACUAAAAGAUUGGUGGUUUUUGAUGCCAGAUGAAACGUGAAUUCAGAAGAUUGUCUUAAUUUGGAUUUGGAUUUGUCCCAUUAGUAUUUCUCAUUAUUGUAUAUAUAUUUCUGUUUAGCAUACAGUAAUACUCCCCACUUAGCCUCAGGGGAUAUUUUAUUUUCCAAAACCCUCAGUGGAUGUCUGAAACCUCAGAUAGUUCCAAACCCUGUGUACGUUAUGUUUUCCUAUAUGUACAUAUCUGUGAUAAAAUGUAAUUUAUAAAUUAGGCACACUAAGAGAUUAACAACAACUAAUAAAAUAGAAUAAUUAUA